AUGCCGCAGUGGCUGGUAAUUGGAAUCUCGGGCGUCACUUGCGGCGGCAAGACGACGCUGGCCCACAGCCUGCAUGACUACUUCAAGGGGCUGAGUGGAGCGCCGCUGUGGAACUCACCGUACACGAUCGGCGAGGUACGGAUGAUCUCACAGGAUGACUACUUCCUGCCCAUGGAGGACAAGCGACAUCAGCGCAAUGAAUCGCUGAACGCAAUCAACUUUGAGCUGCUCACCUCGCUUGACAUGGCCAAGAUGCUGAACGACAUUGCGAACAUAAUCAAGGGGCGCCACGUGGCCCAAGGGCCGCCGGAGCAACUGGUGACCUAUGCAAAUUUCGAGCACUACGCUCUGCAGUUCCAGCAGCAGUACAACUACAAUGCGAACUACUACAAGCAAGGUAAUGGAGGGGCCUACCACUAUGCUCCCCAUCAGCAGCAUCAUCAGCAGAGGCACCACCAUCACCAUCAUUCCCAGCAGCAACAGCAUCAGCAGCAACAGCUCCAUCAGCAGCAGCAGCAGGCAGCGCACAUAAUGCGCCUCAAUGCCCAGAUAGCAGCCCAGCUGAGGGACAAGAAGAUCAACUUCCUCCUGGUCGAGGGCUUUAUGAUAUUCAAUCAGCCGGAGCUGCUGGCGCUGUGCAACCUCAAGUAUCACUUUCAUCUGCCCUAUGAGAAGUGCUUCGAGCGGCGCAGCAGGCGGACCUACGAUCCGCCGGACGUCACCGGCUACUUUGAGCUGUGUGUCUGGCCCCACUACGAGAAGAACUUCAACGAGUAUCGCGACUGCAAGGACAUAACAUUCCUCAAUGGCGAGAUAGCCAAGGAUAAGAUCUUUAAGUUUGUGCUCCAGCGCAUUGUACACUACUUUGAGGAGCGUUGCGAGGUCCCGGCACCGGCUCCAGUGGCCUGUCCGCCGCAGCAGAAGCGUUUCGGGAUGCUCUAUGUGGGACCGAGUAACAACAACACGGUGCUGCCCACAGCCUGUCCCAUGGAGCAGUAAUAGGUACCACAUAUAUUGUAGAUUUGCAGGGAUUUCCCCAAGAAAUGGCUUUGAAUUGUAAUCUUUAUAAAAUUAAUCUUGAAAUUAAGCUAAUUUUGGGCCUUGUUUCAAGGGACUUCAAUUCACUAGCUAUUUUUGGGGCAUUCCUAUAUAUAGAAAGUUCCGAAAAACUGAUGUUAAAUGGUUCAAAAAUUAUUUGAAUUAGUUUCCUUUGUACAGUAGGUUUUAUAUUGUAAGAAAAUUGAAAGGGUAAUACGGUUUUUCAUUGACAACAUAAGGUUUACCUUCAUAAAGGAUAAGCCACUUUCGUCCCUUAAAAAUUUAAAAAUAUUUUCCUUAAAAAUAACAAUAUGCUUAGUGCUUUGAAAUGUGAAAAUAAUUUAAAGACAGCCUGGAGCUAGCUUCAGAGGCAUCUUAAAAAAAUAAGAGUACUCAUAUUGUCAUUGAAAGGUUACCCAUUUCUGUACAAAAUGAAAUCGACCCGCCCGAGGCCUACAUAUAUUAUGUACAACUUUCAA